AUCUAUAAAAGCCCGCCACUUGCCAUCAGCCACAACAGUUGCAAUUUGCGAGUCAACACGAUAAGAACUCUAAUUCGAAAAGUGAAUAUUCUGAAGAAAAAACUCAAAGCCAUGUCGAAGGUUAAGAAUCUAUUGGCCAAAAUGCUGCAGCGUUUCGGCAAGAAUACCUCAAAUAACGAUAGUCAGAGGUACGACAGUCUGGAGGAGAUAGCCCAAAAUCAGGCCAAUGAGCGGAUGCUGAGGGAGAUUGGAGGACUGGAGGAUCACUUGGUGAUUUGCUUGGAGACUUCGGCGGGCAGCUUCUAUUGGCAUUCCCAGUAGCAACAACAGGAGAAACUGGAACAGGAACCACAAGUUUCACAACCAAGGAAGUAGUAACAUCGCUGAAACCAUAUGGAAGUCAUCAGUCAUCAUUGAAGAACCAAAUGAAGCAAUCACUUGCCACAGAGAGCGCUGCAAGAAGAACCAGCUAAAGCCGCAAUAAUGGCAACACAAACCCAAAACCGGUAGUUAGAUGGGACCAAAACGAAUGCCUCAGUGAAUGAAUGAAUACACAACACAUAUCAUCAUUCGAUGAAUGAAUGGAGCUACCGUGCGAAUCAAGUUGCGUGAUGGGGCAGAUCCAACAAGUGGCAGACUAGUCGUCAGGAUGCAGCCACUCCAGAACAUCGGGGCAGACAUCCUCUCGUUAGGUGUUAAUAUUAAGCCAUAUUAAAUAUAAAGUACCAGUGUGAUAUGAACUAAAGCUAGUUACAAUAGUCUAGACGAAAUGUUAUUUAGCAUUUAAGAAAAUAAAUAAGAAAUAUACAAUGAAAACAUAA